AAUUAAAUUUUUUUUUUUAAAUAAUUUUUUUUUUUUUUUAUAAUAAAUGACAAUUAAGUAACAAAAACAUUAAUAACAGCAAAUUAUAAAAAUGCAUAUGCGUAUAUAUCAACAGUUUAAAAAAUCAAGGAUAUAUUAAAAUAUGAAAUAUAAUAUUUAGUACUUAAAUAUAUAUGUUGUAAACAGUUGUAAUUUAUGAAAGUUAUCUGUUAUUUAUGUUUAUAAAUUUUGCGACAAAGUGACACAAGUGUUUAGUCAUUUGGAGAAUUGUUCAGUGUCGUCCGGAUGUUACGUAUUUUGAAUCAACAAUUACAAUUAUUAAUUUAAAUAAAAAUGAAAAAUGAAAUAUAAAAACGCGAGAGUGAAAAAUAAACAAGAGUAGCAAAAAAAAUAAAAAAAAAAAAAAAAUAGGACAAUGCAGCGAAACAUUUAACGAUAAAUGUUUGUUGAUAACGACAGCAACUAAAAUGUUAUUCUGAGAAAAUAAAUUUGAUUUACGUCGAAGGCGAGACGGCGAGAGAAGAAAUAUUAAUCAAAUAUAGCAUAUGGGUAUCGAUACAAUGAAGCCCUCAAUGAAGGUUGGAGUAGUUGCUUUAGUCGGCGUAUGUGUUAUCCUAUAUCAGUACCACUUAUCAGCUGGUGUAAGGUUCGAUCAGUUAACUGAUCAGAUAAAUGCUGGUGAUCCUGUUGUACCUUACGUGGCUGCUAAUAUUCCCAAUAAUGAACUCGAGGAUGAUGAUAAUAAUAGUUAUAUUAAUAAAGUAACUGAAGAUAAGAUAAGAGCGGCGGUGCAGUGGGUCCAAAAUGUUCACGGUCUAAGUCCAGAUUUACAAAAAAUUUUAGUUGCUGAACUGAUAAAUCAGUUUCGUAAGAACAGAAUAUCUUUACCGUUGCAAAUUAAAACGUCUGAUGAUUUGACAGUUAAGCAACGGACACAAGUCACGACAAUCAAUGUACCGGUAGAAAAAAUUCCACCACUUUAUAUAAUAACGCCAACUUAUAGGAGACCUGAACAAAUUCCUGAGCUCAUAAGAAUGUCUCAUACAUUAUUGUUGGUUGAAAACGUCCAUUGGUUAGUUAUAGAAGACGCAAAAGUACCGACCAAGGAAGUUACGAAAUUUUUAAAUCGUACUGGUCUAAAAUUUGACCACCUGACGGCACCAAUGCCAGCAAAACAUAAACAAAAAAAAGGUGUCAAACCACGAGGUGUUUCUAAUAGAAAUCGCGGUCUUAAAUGGAUUCGCGCAAAUGCAACAGAAGGAGUUUUUUAUUUUGCCGACGAUGACAAUACAUAUGACCUUGAUCUUUUUGACCAAAUACGGAGGACUAAAAAAGUGUCAAUGUUUCCUGUGGGACUGUGUACAAAGUUUGGUUUGAGUUCCCCGGUCGUAAAAGACGGCAAGUUCAUUGGAUUUUACGACGGAUGGGUCGCAGGCCGUAGAUUUCCUGUUGACAUGGCGGGUUUCGCGGUCAGCGUUAAAUUUCUUCUUCAAAGGCCAAAUGCUACGAUGCCUUAUCGUGCUGGGUUUGAAGAGGACGGUUUCUUACGUAGUUUAGCACCGUUUGAACCACGCGAAAUAGAACUACUGGGUGAUAAUUGUACAAGAGUACUUGCGUGGCAUACACAGACAAAAAAAAAUGAACCAAGUGCUCCACUUGACAUGAAAAUUUAUCGAUCAACAAAUCUUGUUGAAUUGAAACAACAAAUAGUAUGAUAAUAAUUAUGUCCAUUAUGACAAAUAAUGUUCUAAUAAUUUUUUAAAUAACUAAUUAUAACUGUAUCCGUAAUGUUUGGUCUAUACUAAUACCAAAGCUAGUGCUAGACCAUCAAUUGCACUAAAUAAUGUGAUCCAGUGCCUACAAAUGACCCCACUUUAAUUAAUAUUCAUUUUUAUUAAUUAAAAUAUUUAUCAACUUAACAAUAAUUAAUAUUUAUUAUUUUAAAUUUAUUAAUUUAUGCGGCUUGUUAUUAGCUCAUUCACUCAUUCAGUCUUUUUAAGUAAAAAAUACUUAAAAGACUGAAUUUUUAAAUAAUUUUUAUAGUUAAAAAAUUGAUAGUUAUUUUAAAUAUACCCGUGAUUUAGUUUUUAAAAAUAAAAUAAUUUAUUGAUAUUUAUUAUGGAUGGGAUAAUUUUAAAAGUGAUAAAAGUUCGAGCGCUUCCGAGUUGUGCAGCAGCUUCUAUUGCUCCUCAUUAAUUAAAUAAAAUAAAAAUUUCAAAAUUACUCUACAUAUUCUGACAUUUAAAAAGUUUAUAUUUCCGUAACUAGAUUUAAGAUUUUGACGUUUGUUUUUGAAUUUAAAACUGACAAG